AUGGCCUCCCUCAUCGCCUUUGACCUCGACGGCACGCUCGCCGAAAGCAAGCAGCCGCUCAAAGACAAUAUGGGCGAGGCCCUCGCCUCCCUCCUCUCCGUCGCCCACGUCGCCGUCAUCUCAGGCGGCGACUGGCCGCAAUUCCAGAAACAAGUCGCCUCGCGCCUCCCCGCGCACGCCGACCUCUCCAAGCUCUGGCUGCUCCCCACCACCGGCACCAAGCUCUACACAUACCAACCAUCCACCUCUUCCUGGCGCCCCGUCUACGCCGAGCUCUUCAGCGACGCCGAACGCGCCGCCAUCAUCGCCGCGUUCGAAGCCUCCCUCGACGCCACCGGCUUCCAGCCCGAGCAGACUUGGGGCCCGCGCAUCGAGGACCGCGGCAGCCAGAUCACGUUUUCGGCGCUCGGCCAGCAGGCGCCCGUCGCAGCGAAGGAGGUGUGGGAUCCGGAUUUCGCGAAGCGCAGCGUCAUCCGCGAGGAUUUGCGGAAGCGGUUGCCCGAGUUGUCGAUCAACAUGGGCGGCGCGACGAGCAUCGACAUCACGCGCAAGGGCGUGGACAAGGGGUACGGGCUGAAGAAGUUGAGGGAUGCGAGCGGGAUUCCGCUUGAGAAGAUGAUGUUUAUCGGGGAUGCGAUUUUUCCGGGCGGCAAUGAUUAUCCGGCGAAGGAGUUGGGGCUGGAGACGGUGAGGGUGCGGGAUCCGGAGGGGACGUUGGCGGCGGUUGCGGCGAUUGUGGGGUGUUUGAGGAUUCAGAAAGUCGGGGCCUGA